CCGCCGCCGCCCGAGCGCCCGCCAUGCGCGCUGCCCCCGCCGCCCCGCUGCUCCGGCUGCUGCUCCUGCUGGGGCCGCGGCUCGAGGCUGCGGACGUCGCGGAGCCGCCGCUGCCCGCCGUGGUCCUAGCCAUCCUGGCCCGCAAUGCCGAGCACUCACUGCCCCACUACCUGGGCGCGCUGGAGCGGCUGGACUACCCCCGGGCCAGACUGGCCCUCUGGUGUGCCACGGACCACAACAUAGACAACACCACAGAGAUACUGCAGGAGUGGCUGGCAGCUGUGGGCGAUGACUAUGCAGCUGUGGUCUGGAGACCUGAGGGGGAGCCCAGGCCCUACCCAGACGAAGAGGGUCCCAAGCACUGGACCAAAGAAAGGCACCAGUUUCUGAUGGAGUUGAAGCAGGAAGCCCUGACCUUUGCCAGGGGCUGGGGGGCUGACUACAUCCUGUUUGCAGACACAGACAACAUUCUGACCAACAACCAGACACUGCGGCUUCUGAUGGAGCAGAGGCUGCCAGUGGUGGCCCCAAUGCUGGACUCCCAGACCUACUACUCCAACUUCUGGUGUGGGAUCACCCCCCAGGGCUACUACCGCCGCACAGCCGAGUACUUCCCCACCAAGAAUCGCCAGCACCGAGGCUGCUUCCGAGUCCCCAUGGUCCACUCUACCUUCCUGGUAUCGCUGGGGGCUGAGGGGGCAUCCCAGCUCGCCUUCUACCCCCCUCAUCCCAACUACACUUGGCCCUUCGACGACAUCAUCGUCUUCGCUUAUGCCUGUCAGGCUGCUGGGGUCUCAGUCCACGUGUGCAAUGAGCACCGUUAUGGGUACAUGAACGUGCCUGUGAAAUCUCACCAGGGACUGGAGAACGAGAGGGUCAACUUCAUCCACCUGAUUUUGGAAGCGCUGGUGGAUGGGCCCCCCAUGCAGGCCUCAGCUCACGUGUCUCGGCCCCCGAAGAAGCCCAGCAAGAUGGGAUUUAAUGAGGUCUUUGUUAUCAGCCUGGCCCGCAGGCCUGACCGCCGUGAGCGCAUGCUCAGCUCGCUCUGGGAGAUGGAGAUCUCUGGACGUGUGGUGGAUGCUGUGGAUGGCCGAAUGCUCAACACUAGUGUCAUCAGGAGCCUUGGCGUGGACCUGCUCCCUGGCUACCAGGACCCCUACUCGGGCCGCACGCUGACCAAGGGCGAGGUGGGCUGCUUCCUCAGCCACUACUCCAUCUGGGAGGAGGUGGUUGCCAGGGGCCUGGCCAAGGUCGUGGUGUUUGAGGACGACGUGCGCUUUGAGAGCAACUUCAAGGGGCGUCUAGAGCAGCUGAUGGAGGAGGUGGAGGCAGAGAAACUUCCAUGGGACCUGAUCUACCUCGGCCGGAAGCAGGUGAACCCCGAGGAGGAGGUUGCUGUGGAGGGGCUGCCAGGCCUGGUGGUGGCUGGGUACUCCUACUGGACGCUGGCAUACACCCUGAGCCAGGCGGGUGCCCGCAAGCUGCUGGCCUCCCAGCCCCUGCACCGCAUGCUGCCCGUGGAUGAGUUCCUGCCCAUCAUGUUUGACCGGCACCCCAACGAGCAGUACAAGGCACACUUCUGGCCACGGGACUUGCGGGCCUUCUCGGCCCGGCCCCUGCUCGCUGCCCCCACCCACUAUGCAGGGGAUGCUGAAUGGCUCAGUGACACGGAGACAUCCUCCCCCUGGGACGACGAUAGCGGCCGCCUCAUCAGCUGGAGUGGCUCUCAAAAGACCCUGCGCGGCCCCCGCGUGGACCUGGCUGGCAGCAGUGGGCACAGCCUCCGCCCCCACCCCCGGGACGAGCUCUAGGUCCAGGUGGUGGCUCCAAAGGGGCACCCAGAAACAGGCCACCACUGCCUGGGGAGCAGAGGAGGAGACUGCUGGCCAGAGCCAUAGAUCCAGUGGAGACCUGACUACCACCUUAGGCAUGGCCGCUCUGUCCUCUGGACCUGUCUUAUGUCAGGAGAAACCACUCAGAGAUGGGUCUCAUUCUUCGAAGGUCACAUAACAAAAGGGCAGGACUCACAUGCCCCUGCCUGACUCAGGGCCUGGGGUGCAAGGAAGGAGGUGGCUCCCCAGCCUUCAGUUUCAAGCGCAGCAGACAGACCCAGGGAGCCCUGCCCUCCCUGAAGACUCAGCCGCUUGGGUCCCUCUGCCACCUUCUACCUCCACCUCAGCCCCCUCCCCAGGUCGAUGUUUGUGUCUCACCAGCACCCUUUUCCCUGGCCAGUGGGAAGUGCAGGGAACUGGGAGUGGACCCUUGCAGACGUGAUGCCCAGCACACAGUAGGCCUUCAAUAAAAGCCAGCUGAUAUUUGCACUUUA